AGCUCUUAAUUAAAUUAAAAAUAAAAAUCGGUAUAAUUCCACCGCUGCGACGAGAGAGAAGAGGAGGAAGGAAGCACAGAGAUCUCUCUCUCUCUCUCUCUCUCUCUCUCUCUCUCUCGUUCCCCCCGGCAAAAUCUGCAAAAAAAAGAAAAAAAAAUCCAUCGGAUCGACUGUCGAGUCCACGGCUCUUCUUCGUUCGUUUUUUUUUGUUCUUCCUCCCCCUCCUCCUCAUCGGAGCUGAUGUUUUUUUUUUGAAUUCUGAUCAGAUCUAAGUCCUAAGAGAGAUUAUUAUUAUUAUGUACAUGGAUCGAGAGAGAAGGCUUUCCAAUCGCAAUGGGACUCCUCCUCCUCCCGAAUACAGCAACGGCAAGUUCCGCGAUGAUAAUUGUUACGGUGGAUUCUUAGAUCGAUCGGAAAAUUCCCGAGAGAAGAGUCCUUCUAGAUCUAAGAUCCUUCGCAUCCCCUCGCCGAACUCGUCUCCUCCUCCUUCCAGCUCUUCCCCGACUUUCCCUGGCUCGAACUCCCCUGACCGGGGUUAUAUCGAGCACCGCGUCUCCAAGUUCGAUACUCUCGCCGGCAUUGCCAUCAAAUACGGCGUCGAGGUUGCAGAUGUUAAAAAGAUGAAUGGACUCGUUACUGAUCUUCAAAUGUUUGCUCUCAAGUCUCUUCAGAUUCCAUUACCUGGGAGACAUCCUCCUUCUCCUUGUUUAUCUAAUGGCUCCUUACACCAUGGAGAGGGAUGUUCAUGCCACGAACUGGAACCGCCAAACGAUAACAACGACGUGUUUGACUCAUUCCAGUCUUUGAGACUGAAAUCUUCGGAGAAGAAAGUUUCCCCAGCCAUGUACUCGCUGCAAGGCUAUUACGGGCUAAAACCAGCAAACAGAACAGUUUCCGAAGGAGGGUUCUUGGAGAUGGGAACUUACAAGACAGAAACUUCUCAUCAUCAUCUCUCUAGCAACGGUGGUAGUAAUCAGUACCUCAGACCUUUCCCUUCCACUAGCACUCCCUUAAACCACCACAGGAAGUCGAGAAGCUUAGCCAAUGCACUUUUCGAUGAGGUUAACCAAUCACCGGACAGCAACAACACCGGUCAAGAAACGAGUUCCGAUAAGUUUAUGAGAAGACGUCAAAAAUCCGAAGCCGAUUUUUCAUCCCGGACUCCGGAACUUCUGUUGAAAGAGGAGAACAGUAGCAGCAAUGGAGGGUUUUUAUCGAUAGCUGGAAAAGGCCUAGCUUUGAGAUCGAAAGCUUCGAGCAGAACUAAUCUAUCAGCAGAAUCUGAGACUAGUAGUUUCAACCCGGUACCAAUCAACUUGAUGGAUGCUCCAGUUUCAGACAGCUUUGGCAGUGUUAGAAAAUCGUCGAGUGCAUCGAGUCUGCAAGAUCCCGAAGGUAACAGCAGCAGCAACGGUUCAUCAUCACUGUCUCUAUGGCCGACUUCUAAAUGGAGCUUGAAACCUGAUUUGCUUACGCCUGCGGCUAUUACAAGCUCAAUCUUUGAUGGGUUACCAAAGCCUUUAACAGGUCGGAAAAGCAAGACUGCUAUGGACUAAAAAAGCAGAAAGGUCAGUUUUUAUUCUCGUUAUUUAACUGUACCCAUUCUUUUUUUCAAACUAUACAAAUCAAAAAGCAGAAGAAGCUAUUAUAGCCUUUAUGCAAAGUAAAUAGAUUAGAGAAAAUUUUCUGAGGAAGAAAGAAAAACACUUCCAAAUUGAGAAAAAUUAUGAAGGAGGAAAAGAAAGCUUGUGAUAGUGAUGUAAUGAUUGUGCUUUUUUCCUUCUUUUUUUUGUAAGUUAUUGAAUACUUUUCUACCAUGUGGUUUUAUCAGCAAAAUCUGUAGCGCAGUCAAUUUUUUUUCUUUUCAUUACAAUGAACCUUCCUUGACAAACACUAAUAUAUAUUCCAUGCAUUUAUUAACAAUUUGUUAAAAUUGUUGGUUUGUGAGAUUUGUAUUACACUGUCACUAUUUUAUAUAUAUACAUUUUCUUUUAUGAUAAUAGUGCUUUCCAGUAAGUCAGGUAUGAGCUGUGGUUUCGUUGACUAAUAUUACAAACGUAUCGUGUGAACACAGCUCCACCGCUCUAAAAGUCCCGGAAUUAAUCAAACAACCGCGUUAGGUAAAAUAAUGUUAAUAUAUACUUUCAUCAACAAUCAAAAAAAUAUACAGCAUAAAUCCACCGUUUUAAAAACAAGCAUAAAUUUUUGCAAGUGGAUUAAAUUAAUUGGAAUAUUUAACCUCGUACUUUCUCGUAAACGCAUGAUAGAAAAAAUCGCCACCCACCGACAAUCACCGUCGUCAACACUGCCGCACCUUCAUGAUCUCCCAUACCAACUCCACUUCUGCCGCCAUCAUUUCCACGACCAAGAAAAGCGGCCUGAAGUCUGCCGCAUUUGUGGCGACAGAAGUGGUUCUCGGCU